GCGAGCUUAGCCACGCGUACCCAGUCAUUGGGUACGGUAGACACUUGGCCAAAGACCAGCAUCAAGAUAAGCUCAGCGAGAGCUGUGGCCCAAGAUGCGCAGGAACGGGUGGUGCCGUUAGUGUUAGACGACAGCUUGCUCGAGAGGCCACCAGAACAAGAAGGGGGCCACGAAGAAGGCCCCCAGAAGGGCCUGCUGGAUGGUCUAGUUUGCGAGCGACCAUCGUCGCCGCCAUCAUCAUCCACUUCAGUUUUGUUGUUUAAGUCCCUUGAUUCGAAUCGAGAGAGACACGAAAAGAAAAAAGAAGAAGAAGAAGAAGAGGAAGAAGAAGUAGGUGAGGAGGAAGGAAAGGGAAGGUUGGAGGAGAAAACGGAGGGAGAACUAGGAGAUAUUACUGGUUCUGUUCCGAGUGCGCUGGCGGACUUUGAGUUAGAAACCACAGACGAGAAGGAAUACGCGAUUCGAGUUUGUCGUUCAUCACCGGACACCCCUGUCUGUGUUCAUCGAAAGAGACAAGCGGAGGAGGACUAUCGUCACCACCACCACCAUCAUCAUCAUCACCAUCACCAUUACGAUAAGCAAAAGCAGAAGCAACUACAACUACAACUACAAUUACAACAACAGCAGCAGCAACCUUCUUCCAGGCAAGAAGAACAGUGCCAAGACGAUACGAAAUCUUUGAGAAUAAUAACGUUGGACAACGUCGAGGCUUCCCGUGGUAGAAUUUGCGAGGAAGGUAGACAACAGAGAACCUACUAUUGCAAGAAUCAUCUUCAUCCACACCACCACCAUCAUCAUCAUCAUCAUCAUCAUCGUAAUCAACGUUAUCAAGGAGGAAGAGGUGAAGGUGGCGGCGGCGGCGGUGGUGGAGGAGGAGGGCGUCCUGGAAUCAAUCAGAAUUAUCGCCUCUGUCGAGUUCAUGCUCGAAGGAGAGAACUUUCGAGGGACAACAAACAGCCAAAGGAAGAACGAGCAGAGGAUCGUCGAGAUUUGAGACACUCGGAGGAAAUCGAGUGUGCUAUCAUACAUCUCGAUCAGGAUCCGAUUCUUCGUCCGGUACGGGUACUCGGUUGUCCUCCCGCGGAAGGACAAGAGAUUUCCUCGUUCUUGGAACCGUCUGUCAUUAGUGGUGUUGCUAGUAGUAGUGGUGGUGGUGGUGGUGGUUCUUCUAGUGUUGUUGGCUUUGGUGGUAGCGCUAGCAGUGCUCCUCCUACCGCUGCCCCAAACGUGCCCUACGUUUACGGUGGACUUUGUACGAGCGGAAUUGCGACGGAGGGUCCUUACUACGAUCUGUACAACCCAGAUAACAUACGGCCGAAGAGCCGUGUCGGGAGUCGCUUCGCCAAAAUCCUCGAAAGACCGAAUAUUGCGGUGAAGGACGUUAAUCGUAAAGUGCUGGCAAUGAUCCGCGUUAUGACGCCUUCCUGGUCGUUACGUUUCCUCAGCGUUAGCUGCGGUUCCGUAGUUUGCGCUUGGGGACUACUUCUGAUACUCUCAGUUCUCGGUAGUGGUGCAUCUCACGGUCCUGGCACCGGCAUCGGCAGUUUCGGCAUUGGAAGUCUUUCCGGUACUAUGGACGAUCUCAACACGGCAAGUUGUCCUUGGGCUUGUUCCUGUGGAGGUCAAGAGGUCGACUGUUCUCUUCGAGGACUGACGCAAAUACCAGGCGACCUGGGUGCUCUUCUUCCCGCCGAAAAAUUAGAUCUUCAAGGGAAUAAUAUUUCGGUUAUAUUUAAAACGGACUUCGAGGACAUGGCAACGCUUCACGUUUUGUUAUUAUCGAAUAAUCAAAUCCAUACUAUUCAAAGAGGGGCUUUUCAAGAUCUGGUCGGCGUGGAAAAACUGCGGCUCAAUAACAAUCAAAUUCGUCAUCUACCGGAUCUUCUCUUCAGUAAUAUGAUGAACCUUAAGCGGCUGGAUCUAAGUCACAAUCAGAUAGCCACGAUAGGACCUAAGACGUUGAGAGGUGUAUCAGCUCUCAAGCAACUUUUAUUGGAUAACAACGUGCUGACGUGCAUCGACGAAUCCUCGAUAAGAGAGUUGAAGGAUCUCGAAAUUUUAAUGUUAAACAACAACAAACUAACGACGCUAGCUAAAGAGGUGUUCUCGGGUUUACCCCAUUUACGGACCCUAAAGUUAGCCGAUAAUGCUUUUGCUUGCGAUUGUCACUUGGCUUGGCUUUCUCGACAUUUGAGAGCGUAUUCUCGUCUUGGAACACACACACGUUGCUCGUCACCGGCUCAUUUGAAGGAACGAAGUUUAAUCGAUCUACAGGAACACGAGUUCAAAUGUUCUGGCUUAGUGGAACGAGCAGGCCCGGAAUGCAGUGCGGAACCGCAAUGCCCGCAUCCCUGCAAAUGCGCAAACGGAAUCGUCGAUUGCCGAGAGAAUUCCUUGACGAAAGUACCGACCCAUCUUCCCGAAGACACCAUGGAAUUACGAUUGGAACAAAAUAGUAUCACGGAGAUCCCACCCAAGGCCUUUUCACCUUAUAGAAAAUUACGUAGAAUCGAUCUUAGCAAUAAUCAAAUUCAAAAAGUAGCAUCCGAUGCUUUCCACGGAUUAAAGUCACUCGAAUCUUUAGUUCUUUACGGAAAUAAAAUCAGUGAACUUCCAGGUGGUGUCUUUCAAGGACUUACCAAUUUGCAAUUACUUUUGUUAAACGCUAAUGAAAUUUCUUGCAUAAGGACUGACCUUUUCCGAGAUCUUUACAACCUGACAUUACUUUCAUUGUACGACAAUAACAUCAAGUCAUUGGCGAACGGAACCCUCACUAAUCUGCGGAGUAUCAAAACACUACAUCUAGCAAAAAAUCCUUUCAUCUGCGACUGCAACUUGAGAUGGUUGAGCAUCUAUCUUCACGAUAAUCCAAUCGAGACGUCCGGUGCAAAAUGUGAAUUUCCGAAGAGGACGCAGAAGCGGAAGAUCGAUUCUAUGCGGGACGACAAGUUCAAAUGUAAGGGUGAUGAAGAACUUUUGACCAAAAGGGCAGGUGAAUGCAUUUUACCCGGUGCAUGCCCUUCUUCUUGUACAUGCAACGGUGCAACUAUCGAUUGUUCUAAUAAGAAGCUUACCUCCAUACCUCGAGAUCUACCGAUCUACACCUCCGCUCUUUUGUUAAGUAACAACGAGUUGGACAAGAUCAAAGCGGAUGGGUUAUUCCAAAAGCUUCCUGAAUUGCAGCUUCUGGAUCUAAAGAAAAAUAAAAUCUCACGCAUCGAAGCAUCUGCUUUUCAAGGAGCACACAAACUCACCGACCUAUUGUUGUCCGACAAUCGACUUAGAGAGGUUCACAACAAGAUGUUUACCGGUCUGACGAAUCUGAAGAGCUUGAAUCUACACGGAAAUGCUAUAACCUGCGUGAUGCCUGGAGCUUUCGACGGAUUGGCUCACAUUCGUGUCAUCAACAUGCAAGGCAAUCCACUGUCGUGUAAUUGUCACCUCGCAUGGUUCGCCGGAUGGCUCAGGAAACGAGAAAUGACAGGAAUGACCGGUCGUUGUCACGAUCCCCCGCGACUCAAGGACGCAGCCAUUAGAGAUAUUCCACAUCACGAAUUCAAAUGUAACAACGACAGCGUUGGCUGCCUGGGCGACGAUUACUGUCCACCCCAGUGCAAUUGCGCCGGCUCGGUGGUGAGGUGUUCGAGGGCUCAGCUUACGGAAAUUCCACGUGGGAUUCCACCGGAAACCACGGAGUUGUAUUUGGACGAGAACGACAUUAAGACCAUCCAGCCGGAGAGACUGAACCACCUGAGGAUUCUGACUAAGCUCGAUUUGAGCAACAAUCAGAUCGGAAUGUUGUCAAACGAUACCUUUAGAAAUCUCACGAAGCUGUCGCACCUAAUUAUCAGUUACAACAAAUUGCAGUGUGUACAAAGAAACGCUUUAGCAGGAUUAAAGUCUUUACGUAUAAUUUCUCUUCAUGGCAAUGACAUAUCGGUGAUUCCCGAAGGUGCCUUUGAGGAUUUGAAAUUGAUAACUCAUCUUGCACUCGGUUCGAAUCCUCUCUACUGUGACUGCAGUAUGCGUUGGUUAGCUGAAUGGGUUAAGAGAGAUUUUGUUGAACCUGGUAUAGCCAAGUGUAUGGAUCCACCAAAUAUGAGAGACAAACUUCUUUUAACUACACCACCUGAUGCGUUUUAUUGUAAAACCAAGCAACAGCCAGCCGAGAUCCUGGCAAAGUGCGACCUGUGUUACACCUCGCCAUGUGAGAAUGGAGGACUCUGCGAGGCGCUUCCGGAUAGGCAGUUCCAUUGCAAGUGCGCGCCAGGAUAUCACGGGGACAGGUGUCAGCAUAAAAUUGACGCGUGCUAUGGAAAUCCUUGCAAGAACUCCGGAACUUGCAAAGUAUUGGAGGAAGGAAGAUUCAGUUGCGACUGUGCCCCCGGAUACGAGGGACUCCGAUGCGAGAGUAACGUCGACGACUGUGCGAACAACAAAUGCGCCAAUAACGCGACCUGUGUCGACCUCGUCCAAGCCUAUCGAUGCGACUGCGCCCCAGGAUUCAUGGGAGAAUACUGCGAGGCGAAAAUACCCUUUUGCACAAAAGGGCACGACCCCUGCGAGAAUGGGGGUCGAUGCGUCGAUCACCAGACCCACUACAGCUGCGAAUGCAAGAUCGGCUUCACCGGCCUUAAUUGUUCCACCAACUUGGAUGACUGCGAUAAUCAUAUGUGCCAGAACGGUGCUACUUGCAUCGACGGCAUAAACAAUUACGAGUGUAAGUGCGCGGCGGAGUAUACUGGGAGGUACUGCGAGAUUGCACCAUCAACAGCCAUGUUAUAUCCGCAAACGAGUCCGUGUGCUCAUCACGAUUGUCAAUAUGGUGCCUGCUUUCAGCCAGCUCCUGCUUCUGCCGCGGACUAUCUUUGCCAGUGCCACCCCGGCUAUACCGGAAAACGAUGCGAGUACCUGACGAGUCUGAGCUUCGUGGACAAUAGCUCGCUGGUCGAGCUAGAGCCGCUACGCACGAGGCCCGAGGCAAAUGUGACCAUCGUCUUUACGACCACGCAGGAAAACGGGGUUUUAUUAUACGACGGACAAAAUGGCGAGCACAUAGCCGUCGAAUUGUUCAACGGUCGCGUUAGAGUCUCUUACGACGUUGGAAAUUAUCCUACGUCAACGAUGUAUAGCUACGAAAUGGUCUCCGAUGGUAAACCCCACAUGGCUGAACUUUUGGCGAUCAAGAAGAACUUCACGAUGAGGGUUGAUCGCGGUCUUGCCAGAAGCAUCAUAAACGAGGGCCCAAGGGAAUAUUUGAAGCUCACCACGCCGAUGUACGUUGGUGGUGUUACACCCGAAGUCGCCAACGUAGCCAUCUCAGAGUUCCGUUUAAGGAACGUCACGAGCUUCCAAGGUUGCAUCUCUGAGAUGUGGAUCAACCACAAGCUAGUGGACUUUAGUAACGCAGCUAAGAGGCAUCGUGUUACUCCUGGAUGUGCUUCUAACGAGGAGGAAGCUGAUGAAGCACGAGACGUCAUCGAAGCCGAAGGCAUUGCUGUUGGCAGUAAUGAGGAUACUUUGCCACAGGAGCACAUUCCUCUUCCUCGCGAACAUUCCGAUAUCGUCUUAUCGCUCCCUACCACUGGAAGUUCAAAUGCCUGUAUCAGCCACGAGUGUAAAAAAGGCUCACAAUGCGUUCCAUCUGGGAAUGAUUAUUCCUGCAAAUGUCAGAUCGGUUGGCACGGGCGAUAUUGCGAGAAAGCGCCAACGUGUCGUAAAGAGCACACGAAGGAGUACUACAGCGAAAACGGAUGCCGUAGUCGACGACCUGUGAGACUUGCCAAAUGUUGGGGAAGUUGCGGCAAUUCGUGCUGCUUACCAAGAAAGACCAAACGACGCAAGGUUCGGCUUAUCUGUACGGAUGGCAUGCGAUACACAAAGGACAUUGACCUCGUUCGUAAGUGCACCUGCACUAGAAAGUGCUACUAGCAAGUAGUAAUAUCCACAUCUCGUCGAGCAAUCAACAAACUAUAUUUCAACAAACAUCAUCGUAGCAGUAUAACGAGACUCAACGAGAUCAUUGACAAGGAAACCCCGCGAUCCAAAAUGUCGCGUUAUCGAUCUUUUAAAUAUCCCCGAACUUUCGAAGAUGCGCCGAAGAAGGAAAGAAGAAAAAAGGGAUGAUUAUAGAUUAGGUGAUGAAUUAAUAAAAUAACUGCGACUCUAUCUUCGACGCACCUUUAAAAUAAAUACGCAGGAGAUUUUUGAAAGUGAGAGUGACAUAGAACAGUGCGGAUCAAAACUAAGAUGGACACACACAGCCGGCUCAGUGUGAUAUGUAUUAUUAAUUAUUAAUUACUAUUAUUAUUAUUAUUAUUAUAAUUAUUAAUAAUAAUAAUAUUAUUAAUAUUAUUACUAUUAUUAUUAUUAUUACUAUUAUUAUUAUUAUUAUUGAUGAUAAAGAGAAGAAGCAAAAGUAUAUUGUACGUAAUAUUAAGUAUAAUGGACUAUCGAUAUUAAAAAGGAAAAAUUUAAAAAAAAAAAAAAAUAAUAAUAAUAAGCCACGCGCAUACAUAUUGCAGUUUAACGCAUAUUAGGUAUUACACGUAUUAUUAUAGGAUUGUAAGGAUUCAUAACUGUGGAACGAGGGAUGGAAGGGUAGGUUGGAGAAAAAAAAUUAAUAAUGGGAAGGAUAAUAAAAGAGGAAGAUGGGGAAAAAGGAUGCAAGCGUACACGCAUCAUUUUCAUCCCUAAUACGAUACGAUUUGUGAAUACGAAAACGCGCGUGCUUGUGACGAAUAAAAUGCAAACAAUCACUUAUACACAUACAUACAUACACAAACACACACGCAGAUAAAACAUACUUGCAGUCGCGAAUAUUUAACCGAGCACGUAAUGUGGCCACACUAUUUAAAUAAAUAAAAAAAUCAUGGUUCGUAAGACUCGUGAGUAUUUACGAAUUACAAAAGAAAAGUUAUUUACGCAUGAUAAAUAAUAGUUUUCAACGUGUCCCGUCUUUUACUCAACUAACGUUACAAUCCUACACGUCGGGUAUAUAUAUAUAUAUAUACCCAGAAAUAAUUUACUUCUGGUUCGAAUAUGCAAUAAAAUAAAAAAAAAGAAGAAAAAAAGAAAGGACUGCAACAUUUUUUUUAUCGUAAUGCAUUUAUAACGAAUACGCGUAUAGUUGAAAAAAGCGUUUGUUCCUCGGGAGACUAAUUUUUUAUUUUAAUUUCUUUGUUCUUCGUGUUUAUCGCUCAAUAUUUAUUUAUUCGUCGAAGAUUGCUCGUUUAACGAGUCAAAUAUGAUAUUUUAUUACGCGAAUAUGUUAUUUUAUUUUAUUUUUUUUUUUUUCGUUCCUUAGUUUACUUUACAUAUUAUAUUUCUUUAAACGUCAUAAACGUUAAAGAAUUAGCACUCAUAUAUAUUAUAUUAUAUAUUGUAGCGUUAUUUUAAACUUUUUAUCGAUAGUUUUGAAAUUAAGCUUUUCAUACGCGAUAAAGUUUAAAAAUAAUAUAUAUACAUAUAUAUAGUUUCUUAUUUUAUAUUCUCUUUUUUCUUCUACAUUUUCGUUUCUAUCCAUUUCACGGAAGGUGUAGACUUUGUUAAUUUGGAAUCGGCCUACUUACGAUUAGAAAAACGAUUACAUUCUACGGGAGCAGCUUUUUAAAGUGUACAUAAAUUAAAAAAUUAUCAUCAUUUUAAUCAAGAAUAGAUUGUAUGGUCUCCAUGGAAAUAGAACAUUGAAAAAGGAAAAAAUUAGUUUUCUUAGUUGAUGAUUUAGAUGACUUAUUAUCGCAUUAAAUACGGCCUAAUUAUUCUCGCGAGAAUAACAGGAAAUAUCAUUCGAAACUACUUAAUUUGUUAAAAAUAAUAGGUAGAAAUUAUUUCACGGAUGAUACCAUUUAAUAAUAUAUUAUAUGUUAACAAAUGCACCUAUCUGGCAAAAAAUCAUCCACUGCCAUUCGACAAAUGAAAAACAAAGAAAAUGCGUUUACAAUUAAGGUGUAAUUCGUGAAAUAAUCGAGAUACAUGAAAACUAAGAAACCUAAUCGUUAAGAUAUAUUUUGAAACGAACUAUCGGAGACCAUUAACUUUUAAAGCUUGGUAUAAAUAUUAUAUAUAAAUAAAUUUUUCCUAUUAUUAUAAAAAAUUAGAUAUUUAAAUCUAACAGCACAUUUCGUUUGACCAAAAUAAAAUUCCUUUGAAUUUAAUUGAAAUUAAAAUAAAUUAGCUUAAAAACGAAUCGUUCGAUUAGUUGCAAGUAUAAUAAUUUUGAAUGAAUUUUAUUUUGUUAAAUGUUAACGAACAAUGAGAAUUCAAAUUUGAGAAUAUGUAACUUUGAAGAAGAAGAAAACAGAAAAAAAAAAAAAUAAAAAAAUAAAAAUCGAUGACUCCAAAAUAACUUCCAAACGUGUGGAGUCUUCAUAUCCGACACGCGAAGAAAACUUAAUAAUCUUCGUGCAAUUAUUUUUGUAUAAGAAAAUAAUUUAUAUGGAGGAUUGUGUGUAUCAUAUUUGUUCGUACGAGAAAUAUCAUUCGAAACUACUUAAUUCGCUAAAAAAAAUAAUAAGUAGAGAUUAUUUCGCGUAUGAUACCAUUUAAUAAUAUAUGUUAACAAGUGCACCUAUCUGGCAAGAAAUCAUCCACUGCCACUUGACAAAUAAAAAAAAUAAAAUAAAAUAAAGCGUUUACAAUUAACUAUCUCGAUUGUAAUAAAAUUCACAAUCGAUUUAAUUACAUUAUUAAGCAAUAAACUAUUAACUUAUGCGCGUGGGUUUUUUUUUUCUUUUCAUCAAAUCAAUUCAUUGAUUCCUGAUUAAUGGCUAUGUGUAUUUAAUAUUUGUCUUUGUUCGAUUAAUCUAAAAGAAAAAAGACAAGAAUAUAAUAUAAAAUAAAAUAAAAUAAAAUAAAAUAUAAAAUAAAAUUAAUUGCAAUAAAAUAAAGAAAACACACGCGCGCAAGCACGCCUAAAAAUUUCGUAAACAAAGUGGAUCGUGAAAAAAAAAAAAAAAUAAAUAAAAAGCGUAUCAUCGAUUCUUCUCACUGCUCUCUCCGUAAUUCAUAGCCCAAUUUAAGAAUAGGUGUAACCUAAAGGCAUGCAUAAAAAAAAGUCAUAUUAUAACAUUGGUACGACUUUGUAUGUAAUUAAUAAGCCCGUAUUAAAAAAAAAAAAAAAAAACUCGCUUAUAUAUCAUUUCGUUUAUAACUCACGUCCGAAGAUGACCAUUUUGAAAAAAAAAAA